AUUGUUAGGUUAUUUAGGUCCGUAGUCAAUGGCAAGGUUUUACCGGGUUGUAUAAGCACUUCAAGGCUGUCCACUUCAACAAGUCAUGUAGGCUAUACCUAAAGGAAAUUACAUCAGAUUCUGAUGCCCGAUACACAGAGCGGUUCUAGAAACCAUAAUCACUUCUGAAGUUUUCUCUCAUUGAAUUGCCCUUAUCAUAAGUGUAUAACUAUUCAACUUACAUCAAAGCGACUUCAUUUUUGUUCUCGUUUUUGACACCGUUACUCGAGGAUGAAUAACAAUCUCCCUGCUGGUAUGACGAGUAUAAUGGAAGACCUCGAUCGUUACAAAGACACUUUCAUGACAGGUUUCUGGCCCAAUUCAGGCGACGUCGCUGUCAUUCGUUCAUGGCUCAGAGACGAUCUCGACGACUCGGUCAUCGACGAGAUCGCCCAAAAGUUUUCAUCAAGUCUGGAGGUCAAUGUCAUGGGCGUCGGCACUGGAGAUGGAUCAAUGGAUAGUAUAAUCAUCGGUAAAUUUCGGCAGAAGUUCGGGAAACUUCGGUACACGGUGAUUGAGCCUGGUAGCGUCAUUGAGCAAUUCAAGAACAAAGUGCACUCAAACGACGAACUGAACGACAUCGAGUUUGACUGGAAGGACACGACAUUUUCCGAAGUUUGCCGAGAUGCUACAAGUUUAAAGAACAAAUUCGUCUUCAUCAGUGCUAUCCACUCAGCGUAUUAUUUUGAAGAUUUCUCGGAUUCUAUGUCACAUCUCCUCGACUUUCUGGUAGACGGGGGAGCUUUGAUGAUCAUAGCAAACUCAGAUGACAACACACUAGUCAAGUUCCUUGACAAUUUGUCAUGGAAAGAGGAGAACACUCAAUCUCGACUCACAGAAAAGACUGCUCAAUUCGCCGAAGCGAAAGCUCGGCCUCUCGUAACCUUUGACCUUCCAGCCCAAAUCAACGUCACUUCCUGCUUCGACGAAACGUCAGAAGAAGGCGGCAAACUUCUUGAUUUUCUGACAGAGGUCGCGUACUUUCGGGAGACGGCGUCGAGCGACAUCAAGAAAGAAACGAUGUCCUUAAUGAAAUCUUUGUCAACUGAAGGCGAUGAUGGGAAACUCUACUUCGGAACAAAUUGCAAGGCUAUGAUCAUGACUAAAGCGUCGUGCUGCUUAUAAAGAAAGUCAUGACAUUUAUUCUGAAUUGAUUAGAUAUCUGGAUAUUAUUGCCUCUCUUAAAUGGGCAUCGAUACGAUAAUGAAGAGUAUAGGUGGAGGUAACUAUUUCAAAUUUUUGCGGUGGGGCCUAGAAUGUAGAUUUCUGGGAAGUACUAUAAAAUAUAGGGCACUCGUGAAGAGCAGUAGUAGUACUUUACGUGGCUGCACUCUUGGUAAAUGAGACCCAAUUGUUAUUUAUUUAUAACAUAUUAAUAGGGAGCGGGGGAUACGUGUUAAUCAUUAACAGCAAGUAUAGUGAUUUAUAGUUGGGCAUGCAUUUUGUUUCAUAUUCUUUCAUUAUCUGAAGCAAAUGGAGCAAUGAUGUCAAAAUGUCUUAUAGCGAAUUAUGAUGAUCUAUUUCAUCUAUUUCAAGUUAUGUUGCUUCUUUUUCUUGCCAAAUUAUGAGAAUGGCUAAUCAGCCUAAUAAGAUAUUAAAUGUAAGUGACCAUCAUUUUCAUGCAUGAUAGAUGUACGGUCAUCAUUAGGGUUAAUUAUGGACAGCUUUAUUUUCAUUAUGUUGAAAUGUAAUAUAAUUUCGAUAUAAUAUUAGGAUAUGUAGCAGAAUACCAAUACUGUGUUAAGGCAGAUGAAUUUGAUGGAGCGGCCCGAUUCAUUCUGAGAUUAGAUAAAUCGUAAGUCCCUACGGCACAGCUCCAUUCAAGAGCCAUAUCCGCCUGUCCCACUGCAGACAAUACGGAUUAAUAAAUGGUCUCUUUCCCUUAAAAGAUUGUAAACGUUCCUAUAGUAGAGUCGUUAGCGUAAGCGGUCAAAUUCAAUCGAAAGUAAAAGAUGACGUUUCCACUCUGACGUGCCGCGGUCCUAAUCUCCUAUACAAUAACUAAAUGACCUAAUAUACCUGGCAAAUCAGGAGGAUCUAUUUUGAAUAACAAUAUACCCACCCGGUAUCUUCGGCAAAAGUCAAAGAAGUUCAUCGUAUAAAAUGGACACCUUCCAAUAGUCCUGUUGAUUUCCUUGAUUGACCAAUGGAAAAGUGCGUUCACGGGGCAGAAAGCUGGAUGAAGGCUAUCUAUUAAUGUACAUAGUUAUCGUAUGGAAAUUCUUUAAUGACUUCAAAGUCUUCUAAUAAAUGCCAUUUUGAAUUUCGUUCU